CCGGAAAUUAGUCGAGUCGGCGUAAAUUUGACAACUUCUAGUCGUAACGAGCAAUGCUACUCUUUGUUAAGUAAAGUGGCGAAAUUUCUUGGUUUAAAUCAAGAUCAGUUCAGUUGAACGAUCAGUUUUGCCAACGCUGAUGACUUCUGCAUCCUUAACUUAAGUAACUGGCGACAGUUUUGUAUCAAGAUUACUUAUUUCGUAGUUAGCUAACGCGAGCGUGUUAGCUGCGAAGACAACAGCUGCAGGUCGGGAGGAUGUCGCUUCACGGCAAGAGAAAAGAGAUCUACAAAUACGAGGCGCCAUGGACGGUGUACGCUAUGAACUGGAGCGUCCGUCCGGACAAACGAUUUCGGCUCGCCCUGGGGAGCUUUGUGGAGGAAUACAACAACAAGGUUCGCUGUUUGGUUAGAGCCAUUCAUCCGCCGAUAGAUUUGAUAGAGAGACUAACGCUAGCAUGCUAAAGCUAGCCCCCCUGCGCAGCAUCGAUGCGAACAUGAUCAAUGUUGUUGUUAUUGCCCAAAAAGUUACACACUGGUCUCUGUCAGUAUUCACCUGGUUUUUCAUGUGCCAUUAAUAGUAAUUCCCCCCAGUAACACUCCACGUAGCCAAUGCUAUUUCUGACCCUGGUUGCCCCGUGGACAGUCCUGUACCUCUGAAAUAACAUGUUCUGUGUUUGAUCCGGUCCAGGUUCAGCUGGUGGGUCUGGAAGAGGAGAGCUCAGAGUUUGUCUGCAGGAACACAUUUGAUCAUCCUUACCCCACUACUAAGAUCAUGUGGAUCCCAGAUACCAAGGGGGUGUACCCGGACCUGCUUGCCACCAGUGGGGACUACCUGCGCAUCUGGAGGGUGGGUUGCUUGUCAUGAAGGAUUUUCUUUUUUUUUCAGUGUUUAUGACACUCCACAAAAAAUAACAAAGCGAACUAUGAAUUAAUCCUGUCUGUGAGCACCGUGUCCUGUCUAAACCUGGUGUCCUUCCUCAGUGUAGCGUUUUGUUCAUUUGUAAAUCACAUUUUUGAGCCUCAUUUUUACACUCACUGACUGUGUUGUGUUUUCCUAUGGUCGAUGUCAGUACUGAUGAGACAACAUUGCUGCACAUAUGUAUAUGUAUAUUGUAUUUUAUAUUAUUAUUAUGGUUUUCAUGCAUUUCAUCAAAGAUAAACAAUAUCAACAGUCACUUAUUAUUUCAUUAUUCCAUAGACAUCACACUGUAGUGUACCUGGUUAUAUGAGCUCGUAAUAUGUUUGAGAUGGAUUUUCAAAUAAGUUAUGAGAUAGAAAAAUAUAUCUAUUUCUGUUCUAGAUUUUAGAAAAUGGCUGGUGUUUCUGUCAGACUUUAUUAUUCUGUCAUUAUAACAGAAUUUGACAUUUGGCAUUGAUUAUUUGAUGUUGAUUACUGUCAUUUAGAGAAAGAGAGGUGACUUCUCAGAUAAGUGAGGCUUUCUGCAGUAUAGUUACGUUUGUUAACUGGCAUUUUGAGUGUAGGUAUUGACUGAUGCACAUUAUUUUCAAAUGCUAUUAAUCAGCUCAAUCAACUGGCAUAUUAAUAAAUCUGGUUUAGAUGCUUUACUCUGGUUUGUUUUUUAAUCUGUUCUGUAUAUACCUUUCUGCAACUCUGCAGAGGUCAAACGUUUAUUGAUCCAUGGCCCAAAGCAGGUUUUUUUCAGUUGUCAACUCCCCCUGCCAAAAUGUAUUCCAUGAUGGUUAUUAAUCAUACUCAUUUGAGCAAAUACACUCAGUCUAUGUGGGUAAAAUCAGUUUCCUGAGUGCUGUAGUUUGGCCAUCUUUCAGCUCUGAAACAGGGUCUUUUACUUAAGCACAUUUCACAUAUUCUCUCUAUAAUGGAUUUCUUUUGUCAUGCAGGUCAGCGACACAGAAACACGCCUCGAAUGUUUGCUGAAUAACAACAAAAACUCUGACUUCUGUGCUCCCCUCACUUCCUUUGACUGGAAUGAAGUUGACCCCAAUCUUCUUGGUGAGGAAUGAAUUAAAGAUUGAACAUAAGGGUGGAUAUAGAUUGAAUUUUUUUAAUGGUGUUUAAAAUAUUGGUUUAUUUCUGCAGGCACUUCCAGCAUUGACACCACCUGCACCAUCUGGGGAUUGGAGACUGGCCAGGUGUUAGGCCGAGUCAACCUGGUGUCUGGACAUGUGAAAACCCAGCUGAUUGCUCAUGACAAAGAGGUCUGUCUUUGUCCAAAAUAAAAUAAGUCAUGUAUGGUGCCUGAAAACAAAUUAAGAGCCAGGUCUGUGUCUGUGCAGGUGUACGAUAUUGCGUUCAGCCGUGCAGGAGGAGGAAGAGACAUGUUUGCGUCUGUGGGGGCUGAUGGUUCCGUCCGCAUGUUUGAUCUCCGGCACCUGGAGCACAGCACCAUCAUCUAUGAAGACCCCCAGCACCACCCACUUCUCCGCCUCUGCUGGAAUAAGCAGGACCCCAACUACUUAGCCACAAUGGCCAUGGACGGCAUGGAGGUGAGAUGGUCGUGGAUUCUUUCAGCUGUUCUUCACCAGCUGCCUAAAAUCUUUUGUAUUUAUCGGACUUAUUCACAGUUUCAUAAAACACAAAAUAUCAAGUCUUAUUGACACAUGACGAUUAUUUCAGACAAAGAUUUAGUGAAUUAUGUCAUUCCUUUACCUAAUUACUGAUACUUCUGUGCUGUAGGUGGUCAUCCUAGAUGUACGUGUGCCUUGCACUCCAGUGGCCAGGCUGAACAACCAUCGUGCGUGUGUGAACGGCAUCGCCUGGGCUCCUCACUCCUCAUGUCACAUCUGCACUGCAGGUAAAGGCGUCUUGAUAUCUCAGGGGAACAAUAGUUUCAAAUCAAUCUGUAGGCAUGUCAUCUUGUGUAACAAUUUGUGCGCCUCUGGUGUAAUUCUUCGAAGAUACAUAUCCCGAAGUUGGCAGCUAGAAAAGACUUAUCUGCUUUUGAAUAACCGUGACUACACUUACUAAUGUUGGGAAAAAACUCACUCUGUGUGGACAACAAUAAAUACCAGAAGGCUGGAUACAAAGUGAAUCAUUAUUUCCUCACAGAUUUAUUAGAUAUAAGCUAACUGUGCCAUUUUUAUGGUUGAAUGCAUUGGUGUAUUUUUAAUUGUUUUAAGUUGAGAUUUUUUUCCCCCAGGUAUUUUCAGCUGUAAAGGGAUAUAACUUGGGUAUAAAAGGGUGUUAUUUGGACAAGCCUGUGGAGUUUUAAGAUUCUGAUGUUUAUGUAAUUAUCAAGAAAUCUGGUGGAUAAUAACGCGUAAAAAGGUUCAAAAAGAGGAGAGUUGCAUUUAAAGCCCCUAUGAGGAGGUUUUUGUUCUCACUGGUGGGUUUAGUAAAACAUCCUGUGGAACUGCACCCAAAGGCUUGAAUAUUUCUGCUAUCAGCUGCUCUUCUUUCAUUCCCCUUGUCAAUAAAAAACACUCCUGAUCUCUUCUUUCCUCAGCUGACGACCACCAGGCUCUGAUCUGGGACAUCCAGCAGAUGCCCCGAGCGAUUGAAGACCCCAUCCUGGCUUACACCGCCGAAGGGGAGAUCAACAACGUGCAGUGGGCCUCCACGCAGCCCGACUGGAUCGCCAUCUGCUACAACAACUGCCUGGAGAUCUUGCGUGUCUAAAACCCACGAACACUUCACAAAGGAGAGAAGGAAUGUCGUUACAGAUUUGGACUUAAUUUUCGGUCCUCGUCCUGCUGGUUUCAGUAAAAGGAUGAGGUCACAAGUGAACUUCCUGAGCGUGUCUGGAGUCUGAUACACCUGCUCCAUAAUAACCUGGUUUACAUAUUUCUCUUCAUCUCUACCAUCCAUCGUUCUUUAUUAAACGUGUAAGAGCUCUUAUUUAUUUUGCUCACAAGGUAGUGCUCAUCUACACCUGCACUGCAGCUGUAAGAAGCUUAGAGCAGUUGUCUGUUGAGUUUUUAUAUUUGUGAUUUCAGCCAGCUGUGAGAUUCUCAUGAAGGGUUUAGAUGUUGUGUGUUUCAUCUGUUUGAUUUCCUAAGGUUGAGACAAACAGCUGUGGGUGGCAGAAGAAGACCUCUCUAACAUGUAGGAUUAUGUUUUAGCCUUGUGUGGACUCAUAAGAACAGUACCUCAGUCUUGUUUACCCUUGUGGUAAUUUCUUUUUAUCAAAAUGGUGAGUGUCCAGUUUGAUAGUGAGUGGAGGCUCAAACUUGUGACCUGUGCUUUUAUUUUGGUCCUGAAACAACCUGAGAGGGAUUCAUGAAGUCACAGCAGUGGUGCCUGUCAUCAAAUGGCGUGUUUAAGUCCGGCUGGUGCCGCAGUGAUGUACAGCAACACUUACCAACCUACCAGAGCGACAUUGUUCAGCCUUUUUAGCUAAAACUUACUCUUCUUUCUUCUUCUUUUGUAGAAAAUUGUGCUCGAGAAAGCUGCGUUUUCUUUGUGUUAAGCGUGAGCUGUGAAAUGGGAGUAGAAUGAACCACCUUUCUGACUGUGUCUGCCUCUUUUUCUUUGUUGUUUUCAAUUAUUAAAGGGUCAUGUCCUUGUAGCAUGCCAUUACAAGGCAAACUGUACAUACAUAUAAAUAUAUCAACUUCAGAUGUUGGUAAGCCAAGUGUCCAUGUCGUAGCUUUUUCAUAAAGUUUAUUAUUGAAUUUGCUCUAAUAAAUUGUAUUCUCCAUGUCCUAGAAUGAAGCUUGUCAGUGCAUUGUUUUGGUUUUGACUGCAUUUUGUUUUAAGACUAUGCCUGUCAUUACUGAAAAAGCUGAGCGUGUUGUAAACACAUCUUUGAUCAACGGAUACUUAGCUACCACCUUUCUGCUCAGAAAGUCCCUUUUGUUGAUGAAAAUGUUCUUGGUGAUUAUGUUUCCCACUAGAAAUGAAUUUUUAUCACACCAAAGCUCAUUAGUUGGCAAACCUCACAAAAACUUAACACAAGGGGAUGAGGAUGGACAUGGAGAGUUUAAGUUGCUGUUAGCAGGAGUUCUCUGUCUGAGCUGUGCCCCUUUUAAAAUGUGGAAAGCCACCGGAUUUGCUUUCACAUAGUUUAACUGCAGCAUCACCAACCUUUUUUUUUCCCUUCAUAAAGGAAUGAGGGGGCACCCGGAUUUGAACCGGGGACCUCUUGAUCUGCAGUCAAAUGCUCUACCACUGAGCUAUACCCCCUGUGUGGAAUGACUAGCCAUUGUGUGAUUUUAAUAUUAACAUUUCUCUUGUUUUUAUGACAUGUAUUUGUUUGUGCUUGUGUGUUAGAGACUGCAUGUGAACAUAGCAUUAUCAUUAAGCAGUACAACCUGUGAGUAGAAUUUUAGAAAUCCUCACAAAAUGUCGCUUUCUCUUUUUGUGUCACCACGCAAUACAUUUCUUCAUCCCCUACACAGAUUUGAGGGCCCUGAGAAUACUUAAAGCUCCUAUAAGGAGUUUUAGGAUGUUCAUGAAAUAAACCAAUAUUCAUACUAAUGCCUAUUCAUAAGCCGCAAAAGAACACAAGACCAUCAGCCCCAAGGCUGAUUUUUUCUAGAUUGUAAUUUUUAAUGUCUGAGGGCCAAGCAGCUAAAGGAACUGCCCUUAUCACACUUUCCAUAUAAAGUAUUCACCAUGAAAAAUCAAUUUGAUCUUCAGAAGUCAGAAUGAAGACAUCUCAGCAGACACUACUCAAGCGUUGAUAGGACAAUAUAUGCAAAGCCUGCUUUGUCUCCAGAGGGCACCAAAACAAACAAAAAUCAAAAGUUCCUGUCUGGAGCUUUAAACAGAAAAUGAGAUCCAGGAAAGUUGUGACGACAUACACAUAAUGUUGUUGAUAAUAUCCGCGGCCAGUUGAUGCUGCUUCUAAGGAACUCCCCAUCUGUGUUGAUUUUGGCGCCCUCUGUGGACAGAAUAUCUCUUCUCUUUGCUGAUCUUGCUCUGUUCUUGUGUAGGUUGGGCUCUGACAAAAAUCCUUUCUUGCUUUCUAUUUGUUAAAUAUAUAAAUGUGGGUAUUCGCUGUGUAAAUGGUGAAAAAGUCUGUUUAUCUUCUAGUCUGGCACAAACUUCCUCAUAGUGGGUGCAGGCUUUAAAAAUUUCGCAACUGGAAUUGUCAGUCUUGUUAUUGACGGCCUCUUUUGCUUUCGUAGGUCAUAGAAAGGCAUCAUUGUUCAUUUUCAUCUAUCUCACAAACAGUUGAAAAACUCCACACGGGAGCUUUAAAUGAAUACCUCCAGUCAUUUAAGCAUCGUGUUGCAUGACUAUGUCAACCACAAGAUGGAACCAGAGCGCCACAGCCAACAUCGCCAAUGUUUGUCUAUGACCUGUUUGACCUUUGUUUUCGACUGUCCAUGCCUCCAUAUCUUUUUCAAUGAAUCUUAUUUAAACAUAUGGAAAGAGGCUUUUAUGGAUUGACGUAGAUAACUGACUUCCCUUGUUUUGUAUGGAUCAAGAGGAACUGAAUGUUCCCCCCACUACCAAACUGUUUGUUCUUUACUGAUGAAAAAAACUCAUAAACAGUUCUGAGAAGUGU